UUGGUUUUCCUGACGCGUAAAGUUUUAUCUCCGCUUAAAACAUAUAAUUCCCAACGAAGGACCCCUUGAUUAACCCUGGAGCUGGCACCAUGGAGCAGGAGGGGGCCCAGUACUCGGUGCACGCUGUGUGCCGCAUCUGCCUGAACCGCCUGCCGGGCGACGGCGCUGGAGCCGGAUGCUUUGACCUAUUCCUGAUCCCCGGCCUGGCUAAGAAGCUAUGUGUGUGCACUUCACUGGUAGUGGACCAGUCAGAUGGCUUCCCCAAGAAUCUGUGCACAACCUGCUAUGCCCGGCUGGACGAUCUGCACGAGUUCCAGAGGCUGUGCGUAGACUCGGUACAGAAGUUUCAGGAUCUGGUGGCCAGGAACGUUUUCUGUACGCCUUUGAGCGCCCAGAUCAAAACCUUUGACGUGCUGAAUGUGGCCGGAAAUGGGGCUGACAUUGUGGGCCACGAGGAAGAGGAUCGCAUCAACUUUGACCCGCUGUUGGAUCACAAAAUGGAGCUGAUCGAGAACGAGGAGGAUGUUUUUAAAAUGCUGGAGCACGUGGACAAGGAGGCCGAGGAGGUCGAAAAGAAGGUCAAGCACGACGAGAACGAGGUCGACGAUUUAAUGGCCCUCUUCGGCGCGGAUUCCUCCACGGAGAGCGAGAGCGACCAUGACCAAGAUGUGGACUUUGAGCCCAACAGCAGCGACGGCGACGAUGACCUCCCCCUCGCGCAGCGCAUGAGAAUAAGUCCGGGUCAGGCCAAACUCAAGGCCAAGAAAGCCUCUGUUAAGGUGGAGGAAGAGGAAUUGCUUUCCGGUUCCGAGGAGGAGGAUGACGAGGAGAGUAAAUCGAAGUCCAGGCGCCGAAGAGUACCGCCGGGUGAACGACACCUGCACCGCAUCAUCGACUGCCACAUCUGCCACCAGAAGUUCAAGAAGGCCAUUCGCUACGAGGAGCACAUGAAGCACCACAACGACCUCCUCCCCUUCCAGUGCAAAGUGGAUACGUGCAGGAAAGGCUUCACCACCGCUGGCGGCCUGAGGCUUCACAUUGACCACGCCCACACGGAGCUGUCGGAGGUGCACAAUUGUAGCUUUGAGGGCUGUGGCAAGUCCUUCCCGCGCAUCCGCCUGCUCACCUUCCACAUGAAGAAGGUACACGGAAUUACAAAGGCGGCGGCGCCGCCGCGGGAUUACCCCUGCUCCGAGUGCGAGAAGGUAUUUCGUUGCCCCAUGGCCCUCAAAAAGCACAUGUACAAGCACGACGGGAAGGAGUUGCCGUUCCCCUGUAAUAUCUGCGGCAAAAGGUUCGUGAUCAACAGCGCCCUUAAGGAUCACUUGAUGCGCCACGCUGGUAUCAAAAACUACGUCUGCCCAUACUGCGGCGUGGGCAAGACCACGCGCCAGGAGUGGAACACGCACAUCCUGACGCACACACAAGAGAAGAAAUUCAAGUGCCACAUCUGCGAGCACGCCUCGCACAAUAAGCAGAGCCUGGCCAACCACAUCAAAAUAGUUCACGAGAAGAUCAAGAACUAUGCGUGCCAGUACUGUGGGAAGACCUUCGGCAAGUCGCACGCCUGCAAGAUCCACGAAAUGACGCACACCGGAGAGAAGCGGUGUGAGUGCAAGGUCUGUGGCAAGAAGUUCCUCUAUCCCAAGAGCCUGACCAAGCACCUCAAGACGCACGAGAAACGAGUGCUCAGGGCCAUCGAGACCUAUCGCCAGCGGCAGGUGGAGAUGGGCGAGACAGCUAGCGAUCAGCUAGGAACAGCUCCUCUAGAACUCCAGUCGGGCAUGCCAGCUGAGGGCUUAGUGACCAGCGAACCAGCCAUCAUGUCGCAGAAUGCAGCCGACGAACUGCUCAAGGUUUGCGCCGAAUCGGUGGCCACAAUACCCAAAGAUCCGCGCCGCGUGCAGCGCGUAGACAUUGCCGAGCUGGCCGGCACUGCUGUGAAUCCCAUACCAUCAGUCUCGGUGCCAUCUUGGUCGCCACAGGUCAACUUCACCAAGAAGGAGGGCAAGCACAUCUGUCCGGGCUGUGGACAGGGCUUCAACAAUAUCGGAAACAUGAAGCGACACUACAAGAUCAUACACGAAAAGGUCAAGGACUUUGCUUGCCGCUUUUGCCCUAAGCGAUUCGCAAAGGCCCAGACUUUACGGCACCACGAAUGGAUCCAUACGGGCGAGAAACCCUUUGAGUGCAAGACCUGCGGAACGCAUUUUCGCCAGGAGACGGCCUUGAAACGUCACCAACGUACCCACGAGAACCGUCCGCCCGUUAUCUCGCCAAAGUUCUAUGCCGCUCGCGAGGAGCUGGAAGAACAGGAGCGGAGCAAGCGAGAAGCAAAACGGCAGGCGGAGGUCAAAAAACGGGAAAUAGCAGAGGCGGCCAAGGAGCAGCUGUCUUCGCUGCACAAGCUGGAGGGCGCCAGCGGUGAGCAUCGCAGCUUGAACUCCUACGACGAGUACCAGGAGGCGGCGGCGGAACGUGCCGCUGCUUCCGCCGAACUCCAGGCCCAGCAGUUCGAGGAAAACGCGGUGAAGCGACGGGCGGAUGAGGAGCGUCUAAAGAUACAGGAGGCUGCCUACGAGCAAUUGCAACGGCUGCAGCAGCAGCAGGAACUGGACAAGGCACAGACCUCCUACGAUGGCUACUACGCGCAGAAGGUGAACGUGGAAGGGAGCACACUGGAUGCCUUGAAGGUGGACCAUGUGUGAGAACUGUUUGUGGCGUUUAACGCAGGCAGCGUAGGCUUAUAUGAAAAGCAAUACUUUAUAUUUACAGUGUGUAUAAGAUGGAAUUAACUUAGAUGUAAGCUUAAA